GCGCCGCCAGAGGCGUAGCUGUUGUCCCCGCUCUCCAGGCACGCUGGCCGAAGCGCCGCGCCGAGGCCGAGGGAGCCAGACCCGCCGCUCUGCACCUCGCCGGAAAGGCAGUUGUGGAAUCCAGAAGUAUGGAUCUUUGGCCAUUGCUGUUUACUUUGGCACUGGUGUCUGCAAACAAAUCUCUUUCCGCAAGUGUGGGAGAACCAUAUAUUGUUAAAUGCAGAUCACCUGAAAUGGAAACAUUUGCUUGCUAUUGGAGCAAUGGCGAUUUUUACAAUUUGACUGCCCCAGAAAACAUUCAACUGCUAUAUAUAAAAAGGCCAAAUGAAUGGAAAGAAUGUCCUGAUUAUGUAACUGCCGGUGAAAACAGCUGUUACUUCAACAGAACGUACACCUCUGUUUGGGUUCCUUAUUGUAUCAAGCUGAUAAGUGGAAAUCAAACAUAUGAUGAAAAAUGUUUAAAUGUUGAAGAAAUAGUCAUCCCUGACCCACCCAUUGGACUCAACUGGAGUGUGCUAAACACAAGCCCAAUAGGCAUCUAUACAGAUAUUGAAGUCACUUGGAAGCCUCCACCAUCAGCAGAUGUUCGAAAUGGAUGGGUCACUCUGCAAUAUCAGCUGCAGUACAAAGAUGUCAAUGGGACAAAAUGGAAUGAGCUGGAGACACUGGUGUCAACAACAAAGCUUCCUGUGUACGCUUUGAAGACUUGUCGUGAUUACGAGAUACGAAUCCGAGCGAAAGGAUCGUCUGACUUGUAUGGAGAGUUCAGUGAAAUACUUUAUGUGUCUUUUGGUGCAAUGGGUCUGGUGCCAUGCGAGGAAGAAUUUCGAGUCCCUUGGUCUUUGGUAAUAGCCUUUGGAACCCUUGGUGUGAUGGUGAUGCUAUCAGUUAUCCUCUUUUCUAAACAACAGAAGUUAAAAAUACUGAUUCUUCCUCCUGUUCCAGUUCCCAAAAUUAAAGGGAUUGAUCCAGACCUCUUAAAGAAAGGAAAACUUGAUGAAGUCAAUUCCAUCCUAGCCUGUCAUGGUACUUACAUACCACCACUGUAUGGAAAUGACUCUUGGGUUGAAUUCAUUGAGCUGGAUAUAGACGAUGCUGAAGAGAGAACUGGAGGGUCUGAUACUGACAGGCUUCUUGGCGACGACCACCUGAAGUCUCAUAGUUGUCUUGGAGUGCGGGACGAUGAUUCUGGGCGGGCCAGCUGCUGUGAACCAGAUAUCCCAGAGACCGAUUUCAGUGCAAGUGAUACAUGCGAUGGUACCUCGGACAUUGGUCAGUCCAAAAAGGCAAAUGAAAAAGAAGAGGAUCUCUUGUGCCUUGAUCAAAAAGACAAUGAGAAACCAAUGUCAGGUCUGGACAACUCGAAUACCCAGCUGCCAACUGAUAAUUCACCAGAAAACCAGCAACCAAAAACCCAUGUUUAUAACAGCUCUGAGGUAACCAGCCCUCCUGUCCAAACCCAGCUAAGCAACCAGAGUUCAGUCGCAAACAUUGACUUUUACACUCAAGUCAGUGACAUUACGCCAGGAGGAAGUGUUGUACUUUCUCCAGGGCAAAAAAUUAAGAUGGGGAAACCCCUGAGUGAGGUUCAGAAAGAACCCACUGCGCAGUGCCAGCCAAAUUUUGCCAUGGACAGUGCCUAUUUCUGUGAGUUGGAUGUGAAAAAAUGUGUCACUGUGACGCCUCAAGAAGAGGCUGAGCCAGCAGCUCCAGAGCAGAGCUUUCCCGAGGGUGCUUACUUCGCCGCAGAGAGCCUUAGCACUAAUGCUGUGAACACCACCGCAGCAGCAGCAGCAGCAGCAGCAGAAGAAGCUGAAAGUUCUGACAUGCCUGUGGCGGACUACACCUCCAUUCAUGUGGUACAAUCUCCGCAAGGCUUCAUGCUCAAUGCUACAGCUCUCUCUGUGCCAGACAAAGAAUUCUUCUUAUCAUGUGGUUAUGUGAGCACAGACCAACUGAACAAAAUCCUGCCAUAGCUGUCAUGGGGAAAAUGGUGUGACACCCCCCCCCCCUCCCAAAUGCCUCCAUGAGACUCCGAUGCACAUGUGGAGCUCUUCGGAAAAUGAGGCUCCCUGAUUCAUUCCAUUGCCAUGGAAUACUUUCCAUAAUUGCAAAGCAUUUCUUAGCACUGAAAUGAAUAGCCAUAUUUAUGGGGAGCUCCACAUGCGUGUCAGAGCCCCCGCAUGCACACUGGAGCCUUUGAAUUGGGACAUAUAUAUAGAUCUCCAUAUAUUUAAAUGGCAUAGAGUUGGCUUGGGCUUGUGUGCUUAAACCAAAACAAACGUGUUCAGUAUUUUCAAAGGGAAAGGGAGGACGCGGCCCCUUCCUCUUUAUUUUAAGAUAUUGAAUCAGUCACAGUAUUGCUGCCGUAUUUUGUAAAUAUCGUCUUUUGAAGUGUUGCAGAGGCUGGUUUCAGUAGCAGUGACUGUCUUUUGUUAUUGUCGGUGUUGGUUUGGGGUCAUUCUCAAACUGGAUGACUUUGUUACGUACCAUAAAUUGUCUCUGUUCAAAAAGCUAAUAGGUGGUUUUUGAAGUUUGAACGUUUGAUGUGAAAUUGCAUCAAAUGGCAAGAUGUUUAUACUGGGAACUGAAGAAAAAUAUGUAGGAAAGCAAAAGUAGUUUGGAUAAAUACAUUUAUUUUGAUUUAUAUAAAUAUACCUAUUUUAAUACUUUAGACAAGCAGGGAUGGAUAUUUUAUAUGCACACUGCACACUCUGGUUUAAUUAUAAUGAUCCGUCUCUAGAAUGUACGUGCUUGCAGUCAUUGCUGCAAUCACAAGAAGAAUAUAAGGGAAAGAAAUAAUUUUUACAAAAUGUUUUUAUACCUCCACAAAAAUCUACAGAGCAUUCUCAGUGUAAAGUUGCUAUAAUACUUUAUUGGACCUAUUUGAUUCUUAAAAUGCUAUCCAUACUUCUAUCCUUCAUAGCAAAAUGCAGUAUGUACAAAACAAAGACUUUCUGUUGGCCUGACACCUUUGGUACACAGCUUGUCUAGCCGCAAGAACUAAAAUGGAUUUGGACAUCUUCAGAACCACAACCACACGUUUAUGGGGAGUUUUGAAGCACACAAGAAGCAGCACGGCAACAACUGACCUUCCCAUCAGAUUCUGUCUCCAAAAACUACUCAGAGUUUAGUCUAGUCAGGACUCCAGAAUGUGUUUAAAGCUCACGCUCUGAAUCAAAUGAAGUUAUGGAAAUCAGCAUAAUAUUGUUAACAAUACACAUUUCUUUUUUCCUCUCUUUUUUGCAUAUUCUGCAUAUGUAGCAAUGCUUUUAAGUAGUGUGGCUUAAGCCUUAUUUAUACUGAUCUGUUUUCUCAAGGUACGCCUUAAUAGUCUUCAAUCUCAAAUUUUGUUUACAUAGGUAAGGGUUAAAUAAUGUAAACAACAUGCAUUAAAUUGAACCCAAAGGUC